UCUGGCAGGAAGGAGGAAGAGCUUGAUUCGAAAGAUGCUAUCAUACUGCACCAGUUUUCGAGGCCUACCAAUGGUGUUCCAAGUUUGUCUCCGUUCUGUUUGAAAAUGGAAACUUACUUGAGGAUGGCUGAUCUGCCCUACCAGAACUAUUUUGAUGGAAAACUUUCCCCUCAAGGGAAAAUGCCUUGGAUUGAAUACAAUCACACUCAAGUAUCUGGCACUGAGUUCAUUAUUGAUUUUUUGGAAGAGAAACUUGGAGUGAAUUUGAAUAAACACCUUGGUCCACAUGAAAGAGCUGUUUCCAGAGCUGUGACAAAAAUGGUGGAAGAGCACUUGUACUGGACUUUAACUUAUUGCCAGUGGGUGGAAAAUCUUCAUGAGACUCAGAAGAUGGUUUCGCUUUUUGGCCCCUUCAGCGACUUGCUGAAAUGGAUCCUGUGUCAUCUGACCAAAGGGAUCGUGAAGCGGGAGAUGUUUGGCCAUGGCAUUGGCCGCUUCUCAGAGGAGGAGAUGUACACGCUGAUGGAGAAGGACAUGCGGACUCUAGCAAGCCUCCUGGGUGACAAGAAGUACAUUAUGGGACCAAAGAUUUCCACUGUUGAUGCCACCGUCUUUGGGCAUCUGGCACAGGCAAUGUGGACACUACCAGGGACUCGACCAGAGAGACUAAUCAAAGGUGAACUGAUUAACCUUGCUAUGUAUUGUGAAAGAAUAAGGAGGAAAUUUUGGCCAGAAUGGCACCAUGAUGAUGAUAACACUCUGUAUGAAUCUGAGGAAAGCAGUGAAGCAAGCAAGACUUACUCCCCUUUGCAGGACUUCAGUUUUUAUUCAAGGACAGAAACCUUUGAUGAGGAAGGGAACAGUAUUUCUCAAACCCCUGACACGGAUUACACUGGACACUCCCUCUUUGAUUCGGAUGUGGACAUGGAUGAGUACAGAGAUUAUGAACAACGCAAGUGA